AUGGCUUUACUUGACCUAACAAGCCGAGUGUCGACGUCGCCGACGAUGCUCAUUCUCGUUGCGUCUGUCGUCCUUUUCGCCAGCUACGUCCUUGGGCACACGUUGCUCUUUCGCCGACUCCCCCCCAAUGCGCCUUCCGUAGUCAGCGACAACUAUCCCAUCACGGGACCUCUGGGUUUCUGGACGGAGCGCUGGAGUUGGUUCAAGAAGCGACGCGAUCAAGCCAAGACGGGAAAUUUCUCGUUCCAUGCGGGUGCGCACACUGUUAUCGCCAUGUCCGGGGAUAAGAGCCGCCAGGUGUACUUUGAGUCGCGCGAGCUAGGUCUUUCUGAGGGUUAUAGCGUCUUGUUCGGGCAGGCGCCUCCGCCGCCGGCACAGGCUGAGGGCAAGGGCGAGGAUGAGGAUUUUUCGAUGGACAAGCACUUCAGUCGCCGUCUCGCGCAUCUAUUGAAAAACGACCAAUUCCGUCGCAAGCUGCCUGCUCUCAUCUCCGAUGUGCAAGAGGCCAUUGACGCCAUCAAGUCCGAGCCAAAUGGCAUCACCGAUCCCUUCGAGAGCAUCUAUCGCAUUGUCUUUCGUCUCACGAUCCGCGUCGUGGGUGCUGAUGAGAUCGCCGACGACGCCAAAGUGUUGGAGGACACUCUGAAGCACUUCGAAUCGAUAGAUAGCAGCGGUUCAGCGACUUCGGUCAUGUUCCCCAAGCUGCCAUCCCCUGCCGUCUUGAAGCGCACGUACGCCGGCCUCCAGAUAUACACGAUGAUCGAGAGUAUUGUCAAAAAGCGGGCUGCGAGCGGUGAGAAGCAUGACGAUGCGCUGCAGUACAUGCUGGAUCAGGGCGACAAGACCUAUGCGAUUGUGGAGUUCAUUGUAGGUGCGUUGUUCGCAGGUUUGCUGAACAGUGGCAUCAAUGCGGCGUGGAUCAUGUGUUAUCUUGCGACCUCGUCUGAGUGGCUCGCCAAAGCCCGCGACGAAGUCCGCGACACCGCCGCGAAAUACGCGAAAGAUCCUACUGCACCCUUACGUUAUCAACUGAAUGAUGUUCCUUUAGAAGCAUGGGAGGCUGAAUUUCCCGUCAUUGAUUUGUGCUUGCGCGAGUCGAUCCGCCUCAAUCUACUAGGCGCGACGUUCAGGAAGAACUUGAGUGGGAGGGCCAUUCCCACUGGUACCGGCGAUGAGGUGAUCCCUCCUGGAGCUUUCGUUGCAUAUGCUAUUGCCGAUGCGCACCUCGAUCCUGAAAUUUACCCGGACCCAGAAAAGUGGGAUCCUGCUAGGUACCUGCCAGACCGUGCUGAGGACAAGAAGAAGCCCCACGCCUUCCUAGGAUGGGGAGUUGGGAGGCACCCGUGUUUGGGCAUGCGGUUCGCCAAACUGGAACAAAACAUCAUCACGGCCUACUUUUUGGCCUCGUUCGACUUCAGCCUCGAAGACAGAAGUGGCAACAAGCUCACCGCUCCGCCCAAGCUCGACACUAAUGGUCACUCUGCGCAGAAACCGAAGAACGGCCCCCUCAUCAGAUUGUCACCAAGCGAGAAAUAG